AUGUUUGCACGACAGAUUGUUUCCUCUGAUGCUUUGCAGCGUGUGUUCUUCGAAAUCAAAGUGGAUACUCGACUCGAGACUCAUGCAUUUGCUGAUAUCAGUGACAUGAGCUACUUUCAGAGUGAGAAAGAAGUUUUCUUUACUCUGGGCUCUGUGUUUCGACUUGAGAAUGUCAUGUUCGAUGAGAGGGAGACGUUGUGGUGUGUCAAGUUGACACUGUGUAAUGAAGAUGAUCAAGAUAUGAAGGACAUGUAUGAGCAUCAGAAGAAGAGAGUUGGUGGUGGAGAUGAAGAAGCCAGUCUCCUCUCACUUGGUAAUGUGGUGUACAACAUGGGUGAAUAUGAGAAAGCGAAACAAUACUACACUUGCGUAUUGGAUGAGUUGAGUGAUGAUGAUACAAAUGUUGCUCUGUGUCAUAAAAGACUCGGCGCAGUAAGUGCAUCAUAA